GAAGUAAGCAUUGACGAAUCGUUGCUGCUUGUCAAGGAUCACCAAAGUUGGAUACAAUGCAUUCGUACCAAAGCAGCACGAUUCGGCAUAAAAAACUAUGUAUUCUGCGAGUCGGUAACCGGCUACGUUUUGAAAAUCAUUAUAUACAACGGAAUGGGAAAGUCAGUCGGUAGAGCUACAUACGGAUUUACGUCAGCAACGGCCAAGAUAGUUCUUGAGCUUUUCAAGGAUUAUCUUGGAAAAGGAUAUAGUUUUUUUAUGGACAAUUUUUAUAAUUCAAUUGCCUUGACCAGAUUUUUAAAGUCGCAAAAGACGGACGUAGUUGGUACUUUAAACCGACGGUGUGUCGACUGUCCUGGGGAUAUAAAAAAUCUCAACGAGAAACGAAUGGGUAGAGGCGAUGUGGUAAGUCGACACUGUGGUGACGUUUCCGUCGUCGCCUGGAAGGAUGUCAAACUGGUGACAACAGUCUCGACUUACCACAACGACGAUAUGGCUCCGGGUAGUAAUUUUUUUUUUUGUAUAUUUCACGUUUUUUAUAUGUGGCAGUCCACGUUAAAAAGGUCCAGAUGUCGGCAUCUAGUUUCCGAGAUAUAAUAUUUAUUAUUAAUAAUUUUUUUCGACGUUUCGUCUUCAAAUGACUGUAAAAAAAUUGCAAGUUUUUGAAAAAAAAAUUAACCCUACCUAUCAAUUGACUAUUCUAGAUAACAAAUGUGUAGUUAAAUAUCAAACUCCGGUAAGUCACACCCCUACUCAAAACUAAACUAUGAAUGCCGCCAAAUUUGAAAUUAAAAUCUUCAUAAGUUAGUUUUUAUCAAAACACGGUACGUGCAUUAAAACUAUAUGAAAAUAACGGUUAAAAUUGUUGAUUUAUAUCAUAUCCCGGCAAGUCCACUGACAACUGUUUAUCAAUAUCAGGCAUGUCCGUAUUAGCCAAUCAGAGUUAAGCGUCGCGCAAAGAUGGCUGCCAUUCCGUCGAGUUACCGGGAGUGCAACGCUGCGUGUCCUCUUUUAUAUUCGUUGUUUUUUGGUAAAAAAUGAGUGAAAAUACUCCAAAUUUAUGUGUACUGGAUCCUGAUAAAGCCAAAAAAAAGCUAACAUCAAAAUCUCAGCUUAAACUAGCUGAGGAAAAAGAGAAAAGCGUAAUCGAGGACAGGAUUCUACAGUAAAAACGUGAGUUUUAGGGUUUAAAGGAGUUAAUAAUGAGUGUAUAAUAGUAAUAAGUGCACAAGCUAAAAAUAUUAAUCAGGAAUGUGCUUCAUGUGUUUUACUUACCUAAACUGCUUUGGUGUGUUAUUUUUCUUUUGCUUGAAGUUAAAUAAGAUACUGCUCUGUGUUGAACGCACAUAAAAAUUUACCACAAGAUUUGAUUUUUUUGUUUAUUUUAAAUUAAGCUUUACCUACUUAUACGCAGACUUGUAAACGUUAUAAGCUUAUACAUUUAAGUUUUCUGAUGUUAAGAAUAAUUUGUAUUAAUGUCUCUGGAUUAGAUUAAAAAUUCUUUACUGUCCUAUUAGUGUAGGUAUGCCUUUUAAGUACCUACCUACCUACUAAUAUUUUCAGGGGCCAAUUCUUGCAAGAAUUACUACUAACAUUUGCCUGAUUUAUUACUUGCCUGUGACUAUUAAUAAAAUUUAGCUUUUAUGUCUACUUUACAGCUGCACCUAAUUCUAUUUUUUUCAUCUAUUUAUUAAAAACCUAUGAGCUAACAGUUUGCUUGUCUUUUAUAGGUAUUCAGCGCCCGGUUUACCUAAAAGACCAGCAUGUGGACAUGACACUAAAAAUUUAAAGUGUGCAACUGUUACCUCAAAUGAUAUGUUUCAUUUUCAUCGAAAUUACUACUCCGUUUUAGAUAAAAUUUAUCAAGACAAUUUCAUUAUAAAACACGUGACUGCCACUCCAGUCAAACGCCGACGUCCUAGGAGUAAGACUAAAGAAAAUCAGAGGCAGUUUACUAUGGUUUAUAAAAUAUAUAGCAAGAAACAAAAUAAAUACGUCCAAGUUUGCAAAAUGGCUUUCAUGAGUAUUUUACGGAUAAAUAAAUCACGUAUAGAAGGUGUUAUGAAAAGACACGCUGAAUCUGGAACUAUGGCAAAAGAAAAUAGAGGGGGGGACCGAAAAUUAUUCCAAUUUGCGUCAAGAAAAGAAGCGAUUCAAAACUUUAUUAAAAAGUUUAAGCCACUGGAGACACACCAUUCUCGAGGUCAAAUUAAAAUACGUAUGUAUUUGUCUCCAGAUCUCAAUGUAAAAAAAAUGUGGCAAAUGUACAAUGACGAAGCUUUGCCCGGUUACGAAGUUAAAAUUGGAUAUUUCAGAAAAGUAUUUAACACGAGCUUUAAUAUUGGAUUCGGAUCUCCUAGGCAAGAUGUUUGUUCGGAUUGUCUUCAAUUACUUGAGCGCAUAAAAUUAUCCCGCAAUGAACAAGAAAAGCAAGGGUUACGAACACAGUAUAGAGUGCACAAACUCAGAGCCAAAUGCUAUUUUGAAAAUUUAAGAGAGGAAUCACCGAAUCUACAAAUACUGAGUUUUGACUGCCAAAAAAAUUUGCCGUUACCUAAAGUGCCUGAUCAGUCCGUAUAUUAUUCACGACAGCUAUAUCUUUAUAACUUAACCGUAGUCGUUGGUACUUCCAAGGCAUCCUUAACACCCGAAAAUGUGCAUGCAUAUGUUUGGACAGAAGAACAAGCCGCAAAAGGGUCCAACGAAAUAUGUUCUUGCGUGUACGAUUGUCUGAAUUCUCUCGACUUUACCGGAAAAGAAAAAGUAAGAUUGGUGGCUGAUGGCUGUGGUGGGCAAAAUAAAAAUUCCAUGCUUAUAACAAUGGCUAUGAAAUGGCUUUACGAUUCUAGAAUUCGUUUUCCAAAUCUUACUGAACUACAACUAGUUUUUCCUGUCACAGGACACUCUUUCAUACCCCCAGAUAGAGUGUUCGCGUUGACAGAAAAACAAAUAAGACGUAGAGAGAAUAUUAUUCAGCCUCAAGAAUACAUGGAUUUGAUUGCCAAUCACGCAACAAUUCACAAGGUUAAAAUAGAUGUCCCAAUUCUAGAUUGGAAGACCGAACGACAAAAUAAUUUAAAAUCUACAUUUCACUUCCAAGUCAGCAAGUGUAAGCGUAUCAUUAUUACCCGUACGAGCAGGGACAAAAUAGAGGUCACUGGAGAAAUAUCAUACCGGAACAACCUUGGUGGAAGUGCUUCACUAUUGAAGAGAGGUAAAAGAAUGUACGAUAUUGAUCCCAGUAUUCUUGAAAGUGCUCCCUCGGUAAACCCUGAUAAAUUGGUGGACGUAGAAAAGUUGUUGCAAAAACAUUUUGGGCCUCAAUGGGAUCAAAUAUCUGAACUACAAUUUUAUAAAAAUAUUUUGCAAAGUAAUGUUGUACCAAUGAUUGGAGAGAGAGAAGAGGAAAUUAUAAACAAUUCGGAAGAAUAUGAGAUGCAAGAAGUUUUAGAUUUUGUAUAAGUGUUUUUGAUUUUAUUUCUUAAAAAUAAAUAUUUUGGUCACAAUAACUGUCAUUUUUUAUUAUAAACUCAUUUAUUCAUAAAAUAUAAUUAGCAUGCCCUGAGUACGUCCAGUUUACAUUGGUGUUUAUCAAACCCAGGUAAGUUUAGUAACUAUUUAUCAAAAACCGUUAAGUCCACGACAAUUUUUUUCAAACACCGGUACGUUUCGCUAAUACAUAUCAAUAUCCGGUAUGUCCAAACUUUUACCCGAUUUUCCACCUUUUUUAUUAUAAAUAUGUUAGUUUUUAAAAUGAAAUAGCAAAUGUAUCACCAAACUGAAUAAUAUAUUAUCUAGAAAACACUAAAA